UGGUUGCGCACUAUCGAUGCGCACAAAUCGAUUCGAAACGGAAGUAACCACGGGAUGUACGCUUUGUCAAGAGGACCCAGUAAAAUUGUUGCUAGCACCCGCAGAGGUCCAGCUACGCAACUCGACAACCUUGAAAUUAAGGACACGGAGAAGGAACCUGCGAACGGCGUUAUAAUGAGUUCCCCUAGACCAUACUUCAGACGAGGAGGGGGUAACUUCCAGCGAUCACACAAUGCAAAUGGGUCCCAGCAGGAAAGCACUUCACAAAUACAGCAUGACGAGCUUGUACGAUAUGUAAUGCAUUCCUGGUCCAAAGUCAGAAAUGAGAUGGAAAUGUCUUCACGAAAUUCCAAUCAGAGAGAUGGAGGACCAGUUGUUUACAAGGACAAGAUGCAUAAUCCUAGUUUACAGGGUUUUGAAGCCUUUGACCUAGCAAGCUACUGGGGAACAAGAACCAUGCAGAAAAUAACAGGCUCCAGCUGAAGUAACCAGACAAUUGAUCAUUGCCAGAUGUCUUUCAAGCUGUCCCACAGUGAUACUCUUACAGGGUCAGCUACCACCCCUUGUGCCUUGAUGGACUUACCCUACUCCGCAUAGAAGUAUAUCUAUAGAUAAGUCACAGGGGGAGGUCUCACUGUGGUAUCAAAGGAAUGAGAGGUGAUUGUAUGAUGAAGAAUGAAUUUCCUGUAUGCUACUUUAAUUUUUAUUUACUGAUAGAUUUGUACCUACAGUAAUAUAUGCUGUAGCUUUGGCAGCCAAAUCUGCACUGAGCAUGUACUGUCGGAUUGGUAAAGGAAGUUACGAUUUCAUUUAACAUUU